AGGCAGUGGUUUGUCCCAGCUUGCUCAGGGCUCUGUUGUUGUGCAGAGCUGCAGAAGGCCUGCUGGAGCCAGCUACUGUACCUCUGCCGUUGGAGAGACUCACAGAGACAGAAAGAGGAGGAGUAGAGAGAUUGACACUGAGACUGCGAGUGUGGGAGUGUGUGUUCAUUUCAUUACCGGUUUAAGAACUGACCCAGGAACACAGAGGACAGACGGAAGGACACAGGAAACAGGACCGCCUCUGAAAAAGGGAAAGUGAGCGAGAGAGAGAGAUUGAAGAAGGUGAAGGAAGGAAGCUGGUCUGAGGAGGGGCGUCUCGUUUCACACGCAGUAAGAUUGGUGCUCAGCCAGCCCACAGAGCUGGCAUUUUUCUUCUCCUUUUUUGAAGCAUUGUCCUCCAUCCUCUCGUCUCCUUCGAGCAGGCGUGAGAGAUAGGAGAGGAGGAGGGGAGGCAGCCCCCCCCCCUUCACAGACACACGGCACUGAACUCAGGCAGAGAGGCAGAAGCCGAGAAAAGAGAGAGAGAGACUGUUUGUCAUUCCUUGGCACCUCUCUGUCGUCCCUCGGCGAGCGAGCGGCUAACAGGCACCGCUCAUGUCCGUGAACUCGGAGAAAUCCUCGUCCCCCGAAAGGCCUGAGACCCAGCAAAAAGCCCCGGUGUCUGCCCCUCCUCCCCCGCCGCCCCCUCCACCACCCCCAGAGCCAGCCAUCCCACCAGAGCCAGAGGAGGAGAUCCUAGGCUCUGACGAUGAGGAGCAGGAGGACCCCGCAGACUACUGCAAAGGUGGAUACCAUCCGGUAAAGAUCGGGGAUCUUUUCAACGGGAGGUACCACGUGAUCCGCAAGCUGGGCUGGGGUCACUUCUCCACAGUAUGGCUGUGCUGGGACAUUCAGGUGAAGAACUUUGUGGCCAUGAAAGUGGUGAAGAGUGCCCAGCACUACACAGAGACGGCCCUGGAUGAGAUCAAACUGCUACGCUGUGUGAGAGAGAGUGACCCCUCUGACCAAAACAAGGAAAUGGUCGUUCAGCUGAUAGAUGACUUUAAGAUCUCUGGAAUCAAUGGAAUACAUGUAUGUAUGGUGUUUGAGGUUUUGGGGCACCACCUUCUAAAGUGGAUCAUCAAGUCCAACUACCAAGGCCUUCCUCUACCCUGCGUCAAGAGCAUCAUCAAACAGGUUCUGCAAGGUCUGGACUACCUCCACAGUAAGUGUAAGAUCAUCCACACGGACAUCAAGCCGGAGAACAUCCUGAUGUGUGUGGACGAUGCGUUUGUCCGCCGAAUGGCUGUGGAGGCUACAGAAUGGCAGAAGGCUGGAGCGCCCCCUCCGUCGGGUUCAGCAGUCAGCACAGCACCACAGGCCAAACCGGUGGGGAAGAUCUCCAAAAACAAGAAGAAGAAGCUGAAGAAGAAGCAGAAGCGUCAGACCGAGCUGUUGGAGCGCCGCAUGCUGGAGAUCGAGGCCCUGGAGAGAGAGGCUGAAAAACAGAGGGUCACAGGUGGCCCCAACGGUGAAGAGGGGCCAAACUCCCCGAAACACGCGCACCUCAACGCAGCACUGGGUCCUGCCGUCGCACCGGGCGAGAGCGAUGACGAAGAUGAUGACGACGACGAUGACGACGGAGAAGAGGAGGAGGAGGUAGAGGGGGAAAGGGAAAGACCCACCCGGCUGACCAAUCACACCUGUGCAGCUCCUCCCCAGGAGCAGUCAGAGGCACUCCCCUCUCCAGAGGCACCAGAGACGGAGCCCCUCCCCAGUCCCACCCCAGAGACACAGACCCCCACACCCACUAGCAGCGCACCCGGGGAUGGCAACACCGCAGAGGAAGACGAGGAGGAAGAGGAGAAUAAGGAGGAGGAAGAGGAGGAGGAGGAUGGUAAAGAGGACGUAAAGGAAGAAAAGGAGGAAGAGGAAGAGGAGGAUGAGGACGACGACGAAGAGUUGUUUACAGUGUCUGCCGAUCCGCCAACAGCAGCAGAGGGAGAACAGGAGGAGCCAAAGGAGAGAAAAACAGAACAAGAGGAGGGGGAAGGGGAGAUCAAGGAGCAGGAGAAGGACAGAGAGGAGGAUGAGGAGGAGGACGACGAUGACGAUGAAGACGAUGAUGAAGACGACGACGACGAUGAAGAUGACGACGCCGAGGAAACGGAGAUGGGUGCCGGUGAUCUCACCAUAUCCAUCUCCGCCAGCACAGGGAGGAACAAGGACACCCCCAAAACCAACGGGCACGUCCAGCUGGGCAGCGAGGAGAGAGAGAGAGGUCCCAGAGCCAACCCCGCUGUCCCCGCCUCCUCACCCAUUCCCCUACCUCUGCAGUGCCCCCUGGUGGAGUCGGAGAUCAGCUGCACCGACAGGGACAACAGCUCUCUCAGUUCAUCCUAUGAGCUCUUCAACGGUGAGGUGGUCAUGCCAGGCCUGACCAACGGGGCCCAGCGCCACAGGGGCACCGCGCCGCGCUUCCCUGACCUGCCCCUGGACCCUGAUCCGGGAAGCCCCGUCACGUUGGGUGGAGCUGAUCACCCAGGGAGCGAGACCUCCCCUCACAGCCCCACUGCAGACCGCAGCCGCACCGUCUCGUCGUCCAGCACCGGAGACACGCCCAAAGAUGAUAUGGUUCUAGCCAAGGCGAGAGCAGCAGACCUGCUGGUCAACCCGCUGGAUCCCCGCAAUGCCGACACACUCCGGGUUAAGAUAGCUGACCUGGGGAACGCUUGCUGGGUGCACAAACACUUCACCGAGGACAUCCAGACCAGACAGUAUCGUUCUAUUGAGGUCCUGAUAGGAGCUGGUUACAGCACUCCUGCUGACAUCUGGAGCACCGCUUGUAUGGCAUUCGAGUUGGCUACAGGAGACUACCUGUUUGAGCCACACUCUGGGGAGGACUACUCCAGGGAUGAGGAUCACAUCGCUCUGAUUAUGGAGCUCCUGGGGAAAGUUCCACGCAAAGUGGUCGCCGCCGGGAAGUACAGCCGCGAGUUCUUCUCCAAGAAAGGUGAGCUGAGGCACAUCACCAAGCUGAAGCCCUGGUCCCUGUUUGAUGUGUUGGUGGAGAAGUACGGCUGGGCCUCUGAGGAUGCUUGCCACUUCACCCACUUCCUGCUGCCCAUGCUGGAGAUGGUACCUGAGAAGAGGGCCUCGGCCGGGGACUGCCUCAAUCACCCCUGGCUCAACUCGUAGCGACACAAUCCCACCCCCAACCCCAGUGGCAGCCUCCACCCACUGCUCAAAGCUAAGGCACGUGGGACUAGAGAGAGGGAGCUGGUGGGAGGAGGGGAGGGGACGGGUGGAUAGGGGGUGGUCCCUUUCUCGGUCCUGCCCUGGCCUGAGCCUACCACACGCACAUAGGAAUACACAGGCACACACAUGCAACGCAUACGCCCACAAAGCCUCAGCAGUUGGAGAGAUGAAGCUGUCAGAGACCCAGAGGCUGCUCCUCUGCUGUUCUCCCCACACGAGGAGUAGAGGGCUCCAGGAAUGGACUAGAUUGACAUUAAACGUCCACACUUCUAGAAAGGCAGGACAGAGAUCUCUACCAGCAGCAGCCAUGGUCAGGACUGUCUUCCAUGACAUCCCCUACUUAGAAUGACCAUGCAGUCUGAAGAGAGACUAACCCCUACUUAGAAAGACCAUGCAGUCUGAAGAGAGACUAACCCCUACUUAGAAAGACCAUGCAGUCUGAAGAGAGACUAACUCCUAAUUAGAAACACCAUGCAGUCAGAAGAGAGACUAACCCCUACUUUGAAAGACUAUGCAGUCUGAAGAGUCUUAACAGAUCUUAUCUAGAGCCGAGGCUAACUGGGUUUCCUAUUAGAAGUCAAUCAGCGCCACCAUCAUAAUGCUGACUGUGAGAUACUGAAGCUCCAUCUGCGUGUCCUUAAAGCAGCACAGCAUAAUCUUGCUGAGGCAGAAGUGUGUGUGUGUGUGUGUAUGCCAGUGUGAGUACGUCCCUUUCCUAAAAAGAACCAACCGGACAUCCGAAUCGUCAGUCCGUUACCCACUCCUCUUCUCUCCGCCCCCAUCUCUCUUCUCCCCAGCCCCUCUCCCUUCCUGUAUUUAGGGGUACUGUGACCACCCCCCGCCCCUCCGCCACCCGCUCCCUGCCCAGGACUGAAGCAGUAUCGCUGAACUGUUUACACCCCCCACCCCCCCCCAAACCCUGUCCCUGUACAGCUCCCCUCCCCACCCCGCCACCAACACACUGAGCUGCAUGCCAGCCCAAGCCCUGUACCCAGCCACUGCAGAGACAUAAUGGGCAGCCAGCCCAGCAGGGGGCGCCAAAACUGAACUGCUGCCACAAGCAGAGAGACACAGAACAAAACUGAUGCUUGAUGAGCCAGACUGCUUCCUCUGUAAAGAGCUCCUCUGUCAUGGAAAGAGUGAUUCGCAUGGAGAGGCUGAUUGGUUAACAGGAAGGGUUUAUGAUGAUGGUGGACAGGUGUUACUUCGAAUUUAGCAUUUCACUGAUUUGGUUUUUGUUUUUGUCUUCUUGUCUUUUUAAUUUGAAAAUGAAAGGAGGCACUUAUGCCAUUGUGUUGGUGCGUCUGAGGGUAUCCAAGAUCCCUGUUACCACUUUAUCAAAUCCUCAUUCCCUUUUCGACAUUCCUGGUCCAUCCGCUCCAUUUCCGACCUCUCUUCCACUUUAUCCCAAACGAGAACAAUCUUUACGAGUCCCUGGUGUGGCACAUUUGCCAGAUCUGAAUAUUCCCCCUUAGUAACUACAGAGUAAACCCUCGAUCUUGAUCCUGAGCUUCUCCAGAAGGGGUUUGAGAAAUAGAGGUUGCACUUGUCUUUAUAGAUGUUGUUCAGGGAUUUACCUUUGUACAUAACUCUGAGAACCGGCUCCGAAGUUACGACCGAUGGACAGAUAUGAAACAAACACAUGCAUCAUUCCUUAAGAGGCUGUCACAGACAGUGGUGAGAGGCGGAGCCAUUCUGAAGGCCACUAGGUGGAAUGUAGAAAUGUGCCACCCUGUGGCUGAUGAGGGUACUGCAUUCCUGCACACCACAGCGCCUCUGUGCCAUUGCUCGUGCGUUCCACUCCACAUCUCUCUCACACACAAUUACCAUCACAAUUAGUCCAGUUGCCUAUUUUUUUGCAAUAAAAUUCAAAUGAGUAUAAGUAAAUUGUGAGAUAUUUUUAAAAAUAUUUAAUUCAUUUAAAGAAAAAAUAAAUAGUAAAAAAAAAAAGCUAAUUUCUGUGGUUGUUGUGACAGUGACCGAAUCUUGUCCUUUUGAGGUGAUAGUGUUUGUCUGUUUAGAGAUGUUUAUUUCUUUUGUAAUUAUGAUAUUAUUACUGUUAUUAUAAUUCUGAUUAGUUAUUUUUUACUCAGUUGUCACCUCUUCCUCCCCUCUUACAUGAACAGAGCUGCUUUAUUUGGACUUGAGAUGGUGAUGAAAUAGAUCAAAAAUGUUCACAGUAAUAAAUUAUGACUUUUUGCACCAAAAGCUCCUGAUCUCACUCUCAGCCAUGCUGACUGUUCUUCCUGACAUCCACAGAAUCGUGUCUCUUGUCUGUUUUUCAUGGAAAGAUUUAAUAAAAUUGUAAAUUAAUGGAG